AGCAAGUACAGAUCGCAACGUUAAUGACGUGUGUGGUUUCAGUUGAAACUAACGGAAGCCACAGAAAAUCCUUUUUCUGUCAGUAAUCUCUUUUCUGUUCACUCAUUUACUUUUCAGAGAAGGCAGGCAGACGUUUUUCUCGUUAUUUAAAGGGUUUGAAUCAUCCGGUGGUGACCAAUUGAGAGACAAGAAACUGAUUCAUCGUUAAGCACUUGUCUUGUCCUUCAGUUCAGAGUGAAACGUAACUCAACCGGAGAGCAUUGAGAAGCCGGUGUUUCUGAGACUACAAGAAGGUCCACUAUACAGUAAGAAUGAGAAAGAGGACCGGGAAGAAGUCAUAAUGGAGGUUCUAUGUUGUCUCUAUGUCAUCCUGCUCCUCCCCUACUAACCUGCUCCAGCCAACCACAACCCUAUCUGCAGUGUGUCAAUGACUUCAUCAGUAACAUCACAUGUGUGUUGAACAACACAUGCGUGCCCCCAGACAUGCCGUGCACUCUGCAUGGUGAAUACCCCGGGUUUAAAAGGCAAUGUGAGAUGAAGUCCUUGGGCGGUUCCAACACAACGUUGAGAGGCGGCAGUCUGGUCUUUGAGGGCAAUCCAUUCUUUUGGGAAUGGGAUGAAAUACCCAUUGGUGUACGGUGUGGACAAGCAGAAGAUUAUGUGAUACAGAUUAAAUACCUGUAUCAACCAUUUAACCACAUUAAAAUGCAUCCCCCUGGCAAGCCGACCGUCACCAAUGCCUCAAUCGCCUGGACACCAGGAGCUCCCAUUUCAGUAAUGAUAUCCAACUAUGACUUCCAACUACAGUGGAAACAGGAACUACAUCACUGGGAGGAUGCUGUGGAGGUGAACAUAUCAAACAAACAGACGUAUUUUGACCUGGACCCUGACAUGCUGGAGAGAGGAGGGAGGUACCAGGUCAGAGUCAGGGUUCGCGCCGACCCAGACAAUUACCCAGACUGUCAGUGGAGCGACUGGAGCCCCAGUGCAUCAUGGGUCUCCACUCUGGGCCAGAUGAAGCCAACAGGUAGUCCUGAUGUUCUAGACCAGGACUCUGUGGUGGUCACUGUGGUGGGAGCUGUUGUUGUACUGGUCCUGCUGGUCUCCAUGUUGCUCUGCAAUGGAACGGUCAAGAAGAUUCUGAAUCCUCCUAUACCAGAUCCCUCCAGGUACUUUGAGGGCCUCAACCUCCAUCACCAUGGAAACUUCAAGGCUUGGCUGGGUCCUUUGUACGCUUUUGAAUUCGUCGACUCUGCCUUGCACCGUGACGACAUCUCCCAGGUAGAGAUUACCAAAAGCAUUGGCACCAUCGCCCCCCUGAGGAGGGAGACCGGUACUGCACUACUACUGAAGAAGAGAUUGGACAACAGUGGCCACUCCGUCUUCAGCAACUUCUUAUCUCAAUGCUCCCAGCCUGGAUCCACCUCCACCAAGCUGGAACCCUGUUCUGUACACUCCCCUUACGGACCAGUAGGUGGCACUACUGAAGAGAUAGAUGAGUGGAAGGAGGAAAACAGAGGAGAAAGGAUGGAUAGUAAUAGAGGUGUAGGGGGGAAGGACGGAGAUAUCAGGGGUGGAGGGAAGGAUAUAGAGUUGGGGAGUGGAGGGAAGGAUAUAGAGAUGGGGGGUGGAGGGAAGGAUAGAGAGAUGUUAGGUGGCGGUAUAUUUGGAGGCAUCAGUGGAGGUAAAGAUAUCGUCCAGGUUUCUUCUUACGAGCGUGUUGAGAAGCUCCAGGCCGAGCGUCGGACCCUCAUAAGCCCAGAUUCAGGCAUCGGCAGUGGGGGAGAGGAUCAGGAAAGUCAGGAGAGUGUGGAGGAGGCGGACGGGCCUACUUCGACCAUCCCCCAUUUUGUCUCUCAGGACUUCCAUCUUGUUCCGCUUCUUCCUCUUAUCAAUAACUUUCCAUUCUGCUCCACCCCCUUACCCAUUUCUCUGUCCGCUUUCCCCCAGCCACCCUUCACCCUCCCUGGGUUGGAUAGUGUAGGGGGAAAGGGUACGGAGAUGGGGGUUGGAAGAGGUUCUCUCACAAUGUCUUCCUCCUAUGAACGUGUGGAUAAUCUCCAGCUCCAGACCCAACGCCGUGCCCCUCAGAGCCCAGAUUCAGGCAUUUGCAGUGGGGGAGAGGAUCAGGAAAGUCAGGAGAGCGUGGAGGAUGCGGUCGGGCCAUCUGUGACCUCCUGUAACCAUAUCUCUCUUAUUACCACUAACAAUAUAUUUCCAUUCUCUUCCACCCCCUUACCAAUCCCGCUGGACGUUUUACCCCAACUACCCUUCCCCUUCUCUGGGUUGGGGUUAGCUCCAUCCCUGGGUAUGAGUACCAGUCAUCCAGGCAGGCUGAUCGAGGAGAUGUCUCUCCUGUCUUCUUCAAUGGCAAUAGAGCCCUCUAGUGGCGGCUACAUGCCAGUGAAAGAAGCUCAGAACUGAACUAUGGAAACCUUUUACUUGGGAGGGACUAAUGAUUUAUAGAUACACUAGAUGACUGACAGGCUGUUUUGAAGCCACUGCUCCUCCAUCUGGGCACCCCCUCUCCAUUGUAAAAAAUACUUUUGAAGUUAUAGAAAUGCAUUUACUAAUGUCUACAUUUGUUUUUACCACAUGUAUUCUAUUACAGACACACUUUUUUAAGAACUAAUGUUACUGUCCCCACUACAACAACAAACAUGUCAUUUUGUCCAUGAAGCAUUGAAAUGAAAUACUGUAGAAUUCCAUCCAUUCCAAUAGAGCUCCACAGUGGAGGCGUUCAAACAGGGAAAUGGUUCCAAUUGUUUUCCCACCAUUCAUUUCUCUCUUAAGGGAUUUUAGAAACACUUAAAAUAAGGACAGUGGCCUCCUGUGUGGCGCAGUGGUCUAAGACACUGCAUCGCAAGCUGUGUCAGAGCCGGCCGCAAGCGUGAGCCCCAUAGGGCGGCACACUAUUGGCCCAGAGCGGCAUGGGUUGGGGUAGGGUUUGGCCUGGGGGCUUUCCUAGGCUCAUCGCACUCUAGCGACUCCUUGUGGCGGUGUUAAAGUGUUAAACAAAUCAAAAUAUAUUUUAGAUUUUAGAUUCUUCAAAGUUGCCACCUUUUGCCUUGAUGACAGCUUUUUGCACUCUUGGUGUUCUCUCAACCAGCUUCACCUGGAAUGCUUUUCCAACUAUCUUGAAGGAGUUUUCACAUAUGCUGAGCACUUGUUGGCUGAGGUCCAACUCAUCCCAAACCAUCUCAAUUGAGUUGGGUCGGGUGAUUGCGGAAUCCAGGUCAUCUGAUGCAGCACUCCAUCACUCUCCUUCUUGGUCAAAUAGCCUUUACACAGCCUGGAGGUGUGUUGUGUCAUUGUCCUGUUGAAAAACAAAUGAUAAUCCCACUAAGCGCAAACCAGAUUGGAUGGCGUAUCGCUGCAGAAUGCUUUGGUAGCCAUGCUGGUUAAGUGUGCCUUGAAUUCUAAAUAAAUCACAGACAGUGUCACCAGCAAAGCACCAUCACACCACCUCCUCCAUGCUUCACGGUGGGAACCACACAUGCAGAGAUCAUCUGUUCACCUACUCUGCAUUUCACAAAGUCAUGGCGGUUGGAACAAAAAAUCGAAAAUUUGGACUCAUCAUACCAAAGGACAGAUUUCCACCAGUCUAAUUUCCAUUGCUUGUAUAUCUUGGCCCAAGCAAGUCUCUUCUUUUUAUUGGUGUCCUUUGGUAGUGGUUUCAUUGCAGCAAUUCGACCAUGAAGGCCUGAUUCACGCAGUCUCCUCUGAACGGUUGAUGUUGAGAUGUGUCUGUUACUUGAACUCUGUGAAGCAUUUAUUUGGGCUGCAAUUUCUGAGGCUGGUAACUCUAAUGAACUUAUCCUCUGCAGCAGAGGUAACUCUGGGUCUCCCUUUCCUGUGGCGGUCCUCAUGAGAGCCAGUUUCAUCAUAGCACUUGAUGGUUUUUGCAACUGCACUUGAAGAAACUUUGAAAGUUCUUGAAACUUUACCCGGAUUGACUGACCUUCAUGUCUUAAAUUUAUGAUGGACUGUCGUUUCUCUUUGCUUUUUUUGAGCUGUUCUCGCCAUAAUAUGGACUUGGUAUUUUACCAAAUAGGGCUUUCUUUUGUAUACCACCCCUACCUUGUCACAACACAAUUGAUUGGCUCAAAUGCAUUAAGAAGGAAGGAAAUUCCACAAAUUAACUUUAAACAAGGCACGCCUGUUAAUUGAUAUUCAUUCCAGGUGAAUACCUCAUGAAGCUGGUUGAGAGAAUGCCAAGAAUGUGCAAAGCUAUCAUCAAGGCAAAGGGUGGCUACUUUGAAGAAUCUCAAAUAUAAAAAUAUUUUGAUUUGUUUAACACUUUAAUUACAUAUGUGUUAUUUCAUAGUGUUGGUGUCUUCACUAUUAUUCUACAAAAUAGAAAAUAGUAAAAAUAAAGAAAACCCUUGAAUAAGUAGGUGUGUCCAAACUUUUGACUGGUACUGUAUAUUCAGCUCUAUUCACUCUCCUAUUCGAAAAUGCUAAUUAGCAUCAACAUAGACAUCAUGCAAGACUACAAAUCCCAACAAGGUCCUGCACAUCAUCUCUGGUGUCAUCGCUGACACCUUUUGCUAACAGGUGUUGUGUCCAUUUUUAAACUUGCACAAGACAUUUUCCAGAAUUGUACAUUUAAAAUUAUUCUGCCAAUUCAUUCAUUACUCCAUUUAGCUAACAUUAGACACGUGAUAUACUGAUUUGGGGCAGCAGGUAUCCUAGUGGUCAGAGCAUUGAGCCAGUAACCAAAAUGUUGGUGGUUUGAAUCCCCGAGCUGACAAGGUAAAAGAUAUGUAAUUCUGCCCCUGAACAAGGCAGUUAACCCUCUGCUCCCCGGUAGGUCGUCAUUGUAAAUAAGAAUUUGUUCUUAACCGACUUGCUUGGUUAAAUAAAGGUUACAUUUAAAAAACAUUUUUUUAAUUAUUACCUUUCCCUCAUGGCAUUUGUAGUUCUUUAUGAUAGCCACAUUAGCAGCUAAUUAGCAUCACAUUUUUGUGGGGUAAAUAAAGGCGAAUAUAUUGAUAAAAGUCACCUUGUCCUAGAGAGAUUUACACUGUUAUCAAAACAUAAAAUCAGGGUAAGCCUACAUCAAACACAGCCCUUAUUUUAAGUGUUUCUAAAAUCCCCUAUGGGGAAAAUGAAUGGUGGGAAAAUGAUUGGAACCAUUUCCCUGUUUGACCGCUAAGUUUUAUGUGUAUUAUGACUCAUACUCGUACUCUAUGGAGGACUGCUUUUCUGAGGAGUGCCAAUAUGGCCGACCGGUGGCUUCAAAGCCUCUCAUUGGCCAAAACAUACAGUAGCAUCAGCAAUCCAGGGUUUAUAUACGUCAUUGGGAGGGAUACAGUGCUUCCAGGUGGAUAGAGAAAAAGGGGGCAGUCUGGGAUUGGUAUAUUCAUUUUGUUGCUGUUUGAAUCGCAGAUUUCCCUUUUAAUGGGAUGUGCGUGAGUUAUGGGAAUGUUUUAGACAGGUUCAUAGAUAUGCGUGUACAGUAGAUACUGUACAUCAGGGCUAUUCAACUAGCGGCCCGCACGCCAGAUCCGGCCCGUUUUAUGAAUUUAUACCCUGAACAUUAAUAAAAGAUCUGUAAAAAAAAUGUUUUAUUUCCACCAAGAUCUGACGUUCAGUGCCAAAAUGACAAGCACUAUGGUGGUUGUCUAUAGUCUGGUGCCUAUGUGGAAUGUCAAUGUUUUUUUUUCUUCGUCAUAUGCAUUUGGCGGUAGCGUUUGAACGGUUUAAGCUUCAAAAUAUGAUGAAAGCUACACCUCUAAGGAACACAUACGUGCCUUCUGUUGCCCUCUAUGAUGCUCACAAAGACUUGUUAGAAGUGACAGACAAACAACGCACCUAAUGACUGAGGGAAAUUCAUUCAAAGCAUCCUUCCUUCAGACUGACAUUUGACAUUACCUGAUCUGACAUAUCUUUGUGUUAUUUAUUGAGAUGCUUAGUUUUCAGAUGAUUUUAAAAUGACCUAAUUACUUUUAAGAAGCUUUUAAUAGUUGUUUAACUUCUUUAUUGGUGGUUGUGCAUCAAUUGUUUUAUACAGUUCUUCCGAAGAAUAAUCACAUGUGGACGUUUUUGCAUCUGGCCCCUGUAAGAAUAUAGUUGAAUAGCCCUGCUGUACAUUAUAUAGAUAUGUAUGCAUAUCAUCAGUUCCAUAGGAUGCUAACAGGUGGAUAGAGACAGUUAAUGUGGUUCUAUAGGAUGGUAACAGGUGGAUAGAGAUAGUUAAUGUGGUUCUAUAGGAUGCUAACAGGUGGAUAGAGACAGUUAAUGUGGUUCUAUAGGAUGGUAACAGGUGGAUAGAGACAGUUAAUGUGGUUCUAUAGGAUGCUAACAGGUGGAUAGAGAUAGUUAAUGUGGUUCUAUAGGAUGGUAACAGGUGGAUAGAGAUAGUUAAUGUGGUUCUAUAGGAUGGUAACAGGUGGAUAGAGACAGUUAAUGUGGUUCUAUAGGGUGGUAACAGGUGGAUAGAGACAGUUAAUGUGGUUCUAUAGGAUGGUAACAGGUGGAUAGAGACAGUUAAUGUGGUUCUAUAGGAUGGUAACAGGUGGAUAGAGACAGUUAAUGUGGUUCUAUAGGAUGGUAACAGGUGGAUAGAGACAGUUAAUGUGGUUCUAUAGGGUGGUAACAGGUGGAUAGAGACAGUUAAUGUGGUUCUAUAGGAUGGUAACAGGUGGAUAGAGAUAGUUAAUGUGGUUCUAUAGGAUGGUAACAGGUGGAUAGAGACAGUUAAUGUGGUUCUAUAGGAUGGUAACAGGUGGAUAGAGACAGACAGGUAGUGUUCAUUGCUUUGUGUUAGAGUCAUAAACACUGUUUUGUCUUGUAGGCUACUUUGUUACUUUAAAAAACAAAGAAGAAGUAGCCGUUGAGUUUUCCCCUCAAGUCAUAUAUUUUCUGUUGAAAGCUCAGAAAAGGGUCUAUAAGCUUUAAUAAACUGAGUGGUUGGAGCCCUGAAUGCUGAUAGGCUGAAAUACAUGGUAUAUCAGACCGUAUACCACGGAUAUGACAAAACAUGUAUUUGUACUGCUCUAAUGACUUUGGUGACCAGUUUAUAAUAACAAUAAGGCACCUCUGGGUUUGUGAUAUACGGCUAAUUUAUUCCACGUCGCCUCGUGCCGAAGAACAGCCCUUAGCUGUGGUAUAUUGGUACAUACCACACCCCCUCGGGCCUUGUUGUUUAUACUACUUCUAAACGCUUUUCUACCGCUCAUGUCAGUAGUACAUCUAUUCAUGAUAUCAAUAUGAUACUAUGAUUGUGCUCACAGUAAAUACUGAUGUGAUACUGAUAAACCUCUCAGUAGAAAUGAAGAAUGUAUUAUUAUGUUGUGUAUAACAUGACCAUCUUGAAUGUAAUGUCUCUUUUGAAAAAUUAUAUUAUUAAUUUUAUAUAUUUAAAUAAUACUGUUGUAAGUUAAACAUCACAGCAUAGUUGAAAGAUAUAUGGGGGUGGCCAGCAGAGAUGGGAUGGGCUGAGGGAAGCUGAGGGAAGCUGAGGGACGCUGAGGGUUGGGAUGUGGAAUUGGAGACAAGUGGGAUUGGAGUUGUUUGGUGGGGUAUAGAAUGACGGUCAAAGAUAAAAGUAAAACAAAUAAAGUCCAAAUAAAACAAAACAAAAAAUAAGUUUGAAUGACACUGAGGGGCAGUGUUGUUACAGCUAAUGCCUGUUUGCCUGAGGCUGAUGCCGUGCAGGUGUUUGUACACAUGCAUAUACACUCUCCUUCAAAUGCACUUGUGCACAUACAUGGACACACACACAUGUAAAUAGUGCCAUACGUGCACUCAAACAUAUUCAGUUGUCCUUGCUGUUAUGAUUUCAGUUGGCCUUGCUGUUAUGAUUUCAGUUGGCCUUGCUGUUAUGAUUUCAGUUGUCCUUGCUGUUAUGAUUUCAGUUGUCCUUGCUGUUAUGAUUUUAGUUGUCCUUGCUGUUAUGAUUUUAGUUGUCCUUGCUGUUAUGCUUUUAGUUGUCCUUGCUGUUAUGAUUUCAGUUGUCCUUGCUGUUAUGAUUUUAGUUGUCCUUGCUGUUAUGAUUUCAGUUGGCCUUGAUGUUAUGAUUUUAGUUGUCCUUGCUGUUAUGCUUUUAGUUGUCCUUGCUGUUAUGAUUUCAGUUGUCCUUGCUGUUAUGAUUUCAGUUGUCCUUGCUGUUAUGAUUUUAGUUGUCCUUGCUGUUAUGAUUUUAGUUGUCCUUGCUGUUAUGCUUUUAGUUGUCCUUGCUGUUAUGAUUUCAGUUGUCCUUGCUGUUAUGAUUUCAGUUGUCCUUGCUGUUAUGAUUUUAGUUGUCCUUGCUGUUAUGAUUUCAGUUGGCCUUGAUGUCUUUUGUUUUUUGCAUUGUUGUUUUCUGUUUUACUUUGUCCUUGUCUUUUGUUCAUUUUGUUGGUUGUUGGUGCUUUGGGGUGGGGAAUGGAAUGAUAACAUUUUUCUCGGGUGGUUGAGA